GCUACAAUAACGGAAGUAGUAUAAGCAGAAGUUUCUGGUUUUAAAAAAAGGCAUGUGGGCUGUGUAUUUUCGCCUAUAGAUCUACUGAACAUCUGUCAGUGUUGCUUCAGUGAUUAUUUAUAUUGGACAGUAUCUACUAAAUGUAUCUUACAGUGUGGAUGUGAUUAUUUAUUUUGCAAAGCUGAAAAAAUAGGUCACGAUCCCAGAAGACAACUAGAAUCUACACACAGAUUUGACACUUGUACAAGCUGUCUCUGAUGGAAAGAAGAUACAAGAAAGUAUGAAAAGCUACACAGAUUUUAAAAUAGCUCUAGUUGCAGGUGCUUGUGCAGGAACAUCAGUGGAUGUGAUCCUCUUCCCACUCGACACCAUCAAGACCCGCCUCCAGAGUCAGCAUGGCUUCAGGAAGGCAGGUGGCUUCAGGGGGAUUUACUCCGGUCUCAUGUCUGCUGCUCUGGGCUCAGCACCAACAGCGGCUUUGUUCUUCUGUUCAUACGAGGCAACCAAGCAUGCCUUCAGCCAGGUGCUGGCUGGUUCAAUGGCGCCCGUUGGACACAUGGCAGCUGCGUCUCUUGGAGAAGUGGCUGCCUGUUUGAUUAGAGUCCCAGUGGAGGUGGUGAAGCAGAGAACGCAGGCCAACCACACCCACUCAUCCCUGCACACUCUCAGGGUCACGCUGGCCUCAGAGGGUUUCCAAGGACUUUACCGGGGCUAUUUCAGCACAGUAGCAAGAGAAGUGCCUUUCUCAUUCAUACAGUUUCCAUUGUGGGAAUAUUUCAAGAUGAAGUGGUCGUCCCACACCGGCCGACCGAUAGAGGCGUGGCAGUCAGCGGUCUGCGGGGCUGCUGCAGGAGGUUUAUCUGCUGGAGUAACAACGCCACUAGACGUAGCGAAAACACGUAUAAUGCUGGCCAAGGCCAACACUGAUGUCGCCAGAGGUGGUAUUGGCCACGCCCUCAGAGUUGUACAUGCAGAGCGAGGAGUUAACGGGUUGUUUGCAGGAAUUACUCCUCGGGUUGCCUGGAUUUCCAUAGGAGGAGCUGUAUUCCUGGGGGUUUAUGAAAAAGUUCAAAUUGUAAUGAAACGCUACUUGAAGGAAAGUUAGUAAUAUAUAUUUAUUAUUUAUGUAUCAGAAGUGGAGCUUCAACAGAUUAUGCAUUGAACGUAGAGAUUUUUCAGGGUUAAAUCUUCUUUCUAUUCUUGAGUACAACGUUUCAGGGCUUGUUCUGGCCCCAUCAUCCGGUAAAACUGAACAGUAACUGUUGAAGGAGUUGUGUUGAGUUACUGUUCAAUUUUACCUGAUGAUGGGGCCAGAACAAGCUGUGAAACGUUGUACCCAGAAGAUGUAACCCAGAAAAAUCUCUAUGUUCAUCAAAUAACAUCUUCCAAAAUGCCAAUCAAGCAUCAGAUUAUGCAUUGUAUCUCAGGACAAACAUCCCCUUCGAUUUUCAUCUGCCUUGUUUGGAUUCCAGAGUUUAAUAACUCCUUAGAGUGCAUGGUUGAUGUAAGAGAUCAUGAUUGUUGUUACUAUUCAGCCUGUGACUGUUUGUUGCUCAUGCUGUUGACCACUUGUUGCCUGGUGAUCUUUUGUUUAGUUACAGGUUGAUGUGAUAUGGCAAAAUAGUGGCUUAUAACAACAAGCACUCACUCUCUACCAUCAAGUACAGAGAAGUCAUUUGUACAGAAGGUGAAGGAAUUUUAUUUACAAAUAGGGGUAUUCAAUUCUUUGGCAGUACAGUCUGAAUGUAUGGACCAUAAUCUGACAUAUUUUUAUAUUGGUUUACCUCAUGCUGAGCAUGACAACGAGUAUCUGUGGCAUUAUCGAAGUUGUUGUGAAGAGAUGUUUAUAUUCUCUCUAUGCAGUGUUAGAUGACUUGCAACUGAGCCAUUGCCUUGCAAAACUAAUCAAGAUACUAUUGAGUCAAAUUUGUCUUCGGCAACUGUAAUUUGGUGUCAUGUAAGUUGGUGAGUAA